AUACUGAAAUUGAUCUUUACAGAGUCUCUCAUGUCUAAAAAGUUGUCUUCAGAAUUUUACCAGUCUGACGCUUUGAUAAACGAAGCAUACCAUGAUAAAGCAGUUGUCGAAGCUGGAGGAAUGGAAGAUGAAAUUCUAGGAGAAGAGAACGCUAACAAAGAUGAGAAUUAUGAUAACGACGCUCAGAACCUCAUAGAACGAUUGCAGCAGGAACAAGAAAGAAUGGGAUAUAAGCUGCGAUACGUGCUUUCUAUAAAAAAUAAGAGAUAUUUCACUAUUGUAUUAGCAUCCUUGGCAAGCAUUGGAGGAAUGCUGCUUGGUCUUGAUAUGAGCACUAUCAGUGGAGCCAAUCUUUAUAUGCCUCAAGAUAUUCAUCUAACUUCAAAACAAGAUAGUCUAGUUGUAUCGGGAGCUCCACUUGGUGCUGUAUUUGGGGCCUUCAUCAUGCCACUUACCAAUGAACUACUAGGCAGAAAAUGGGCUAUUAUUGUGGCAUGGGACUAUGGAACAAUGAUAUCUGGAAGAUUGUUAGUUGGUGCAGGA